AUGCAGUCUCUUGCCCAAGAAAUAAAGACAUUUUCCAAAACCAAUUUAAGAAAGCAAUGCACCCGUGUGACAACGCUGAGUGGCAGGAGGAUUAUCGAGACAUGGAAAGGGUCAACUAUACAUGUUGUAGAGGAUAAAACUCAGCCUGAAACGACAUGCGGCUAUGUACAGGACACCAGCUGGGACUUACAAGUCGGAGUAAUUAAACCUUAUUUGCUAUUAGGCUCGCAAGAUGCCGCCCAUGACUUUGGCACUUUGAGAAAAUAUAAGGUGUCCCAUGUAUUAAAUGUAGCGUAUGGUGUUGAAAACGCCUUUCCAGACCUUUUCAUUUAUAAAACACUGAGCAUUCUGGAUGUGCCGGAUACAGAUAUUACAUCCUAUUUCCAUGAGUGCUUCAAAUUCAUAGACCAAGCUAAUGCUGAGAAAGGAGUUGUGCUGGUUCACUGCAAUUCUGGCGUGUCGAGAUCAGCCUCAGUUGUCAUUGGAUACCUCAUGUCCAGGGAUGGCAAGCUUUUCGACAACGCACUUGCAUUAGUGAAAUCGGCCCGGCCGGCCACAUGCCCAAACCCAGGGUUUCUUGAACAAUUGAAAGGUUUUAAACCAAACGGGGCCAUACAAGCCAAUGGCCAUGAACCAUGA